CAGCUGAACAGGAGUUGCAACAGCUUUUUGUUACCGUUUAAUGGCCGGGGGAGGGGGAGGAGGGUCGAGAGACCUUAACGUCACGCCGACAUGGGCGGUGGCGGUUGUCAGUGCGGUCAUCAUCCUCAUCUCCUUCUUUCUCGAGAAGAUUCUCCAUCGACUUGGACAGUGGUUCAGAGAUAAGCACAAGAAGGCUCUGUAUGAUGCUCUGGAGAAGAUUAAGUCAGAGUUGAUGGUUCUUGGCUUUAUCUCCUUGUUGCUGACAUUUGGACAAAGCUACAUUGCAAAAAUCUGCAUACCUGUGGGUUUGGCAAAUACCAUGCUUCCAUGCCAUCGUGAUGAUGGUGAUGGGGAGAAACAGAGCAGGAGGAGGCUUUUAUGGAAUUAUAUUGGAGAUUCAGCUCCUGCUCGCAGGUCCCUUGCUGAAUCUACUGUUACAUCAUGCCCCACU